AUGCUGGCUCACACACUCUCGCAUGAUCAGUCACUCGGUCAUUUACUUGCUUGUAUUCGCUUGUUCAUUCACAUUCAAUCACUCACUGACAUUCACUCACUCUUUCAUUCUCAUUCACUCACUCUUUCAUUCUCAUUCACUCACUCUUUCAUUCUCAUUCACUCACUCUUUCAUUCACUCACUCACUUAGAUUCUCAUUCACUCACUCAUUUACAUUCUCAUUCACUCACUCACUUACAUUCUCACUCACUCACUUACAUUCUCACUCACUCACUUACAUUCACUCACUUACAUUCUCAUUCACUCACUCACUUACAUUCUCAUUCACUCACUCACUUACAUUCUCAUUCACUCACUCACUUACAUUCUCAUUCACUCACUCACUUACAUUCUCAUUCACUCACUCACUUACAUUCUCAUUCACUCACUCACUUACAUUCUCAUUCACUCACUCACUUACAUUCUCACUCACUCACUUACAUUCUCACUCACUCACUUACAUUCUCACUCACUCACUUACAUUCACUCACUUACAUUCUCAUUCACUCACUCACUUACAUUCUCAUUCACUCACUCACUUACAUUCUCAUUCACUCACUCUCUUUCAUUCUCAUUCACUCACUCUCUUUCAUUCUCAUUCACUCACUCUCUUUCAUUCUCAUUCACUCACUCUCUUUCAUUCUCAUUCACUCACUCUCUUUCAUUCUCAUUCACUCUUUCAUUCUCAUUCACUCUUUCAUUCUCAUUCACUCUUUCAUUCUCAUUCACUCUUUCAUUCUCAUUCACUCUUUCAUUCUCAUUCACUCACUCACUUACAUUCACUCACUCUUUCAUUCUCAUUCACUCACUCACUUACAUUCACUCACUCUUUCAUUCACUUACAUUCACUCACUCUUUCAUUCUCAUUCACUCACUUACAUUCACUCACUCUUUCACUCACUUACAUUCACUCACUCUUUCAUUCUCAUUCACUCACUCACUUUCAUUCACUCACUCUCAUUUGUUCAUACUCUAUCUUUUUCUCUCUCACUCUCAUACAUACACGCACAUACAUGA